GUGACAUUGUCGAGCGCGAAAAAUGAAGGCGCUGACAUGCAUGGUGAUCCGCGACGGGAGCACCUUUGGUGUGAAAAUCAAGGGCGACCAGCAAGUAUGGGAGUUGAAGAAGAUGAUCAAGAACGACAACGACUUUGCGGUAGAUGCCAAGGAUAUCGAGCUUUACCCCGCGAAGAAGAAAGACGACAAGUGGUUGACUAUGGAAGACGAUGAGGUAAAGAUGUUGACGAACGGACUGCUUCUUCAAUCCAUGAAGGAUAUGAUGCGGCCCGGGAACACAAUCGAUCCAACCUACCCUAUCGACAACGUGGCCUUCGGCUUCCCAAGCGACGUUACCACUGGCGAGAUCCACGUGCUAGUGGAUGUUCCAACGCAGCGCGAGACUGGAUUUAUUGUGAACGGUGUUCGUUAUCCGGUCACGCAAGGCAUGGACCUGUAUCCCCCAGCACUGGUGGCGUUUUGGAAGGCCUUGGGGGCCGUUGUCGAAGCCAAUGCCGUUGUCACCUUGCCCAAAGAAAUAUAUCUCUUUGGAGAUCCGGCGCUCGGCUCUCAGUUGUUCGUUCGGCCUUGCUACCCCCCGUUGUGGAAGCUCUGUGUUGUGACCCCGACCCGAGUCCUGAUGGGCCAGACCCAGACCGAUGCGGUGGCCUAUUGCCAAGGGGUGGUCGAUGAGUUGUUCGGGGACCUCCUGAUGCACGGACGGCUCGGAUUGUUGGGGUAUGCCCAGACUACGGACGAGUUGUUGCGCCUGUUGCGUAAAGUGCUUGAGAUCUACCACGCGUACGGACUGAAGUUGCACCCUGGGAAGUACGGCAGCGGAUCUCCAGCAGUUCCCGUGCACCACGAACUGGAUGAGGGGGAACAUCCCGCAGUACACGGAGCUGGUAGCCCCAUUGACGAAGCUGUUGGAUAUUGCGGCCAAAGCGGCCGACUCCCGGAAGAAGACGGCAUUGACUCGUGUUGCGCUGAGUUCUUUCGGGUGGUCCCCGGACCACCUGGAGUGUUUCGACCGAUGGUCCCGUUGUCCCACCCAGACCCGGACAAGAUGGUCUGUUUGUACACGGACGCGAGCGAGGGGUUCUGGGGAGCUGUUGCGACACAGGUCCCGUGCCAUACGCUGCUCUAUUCCAAGCUGACCUUGGAUGUGGUCACAGAUCGCUUCCGUCGCUGGGGUGGUGUCCCUCGCUACGUUUUGCGGUAUGCGCUCGUUGAUACCCUCCAAUCGUUGCUUGAACGAGCAAUUGCCGUGGUGAACUGCGACUGGGUGACCGAUGCGAUUGGAAAGCUCGAUACAACAUGUCCAGCGGCGCAUCGGUUGCUCCACUAUCAAGUCAACAACAAGUUUAUCAAACAGCACGUCGAUUUCGCAUCGCAAUAUGUGCAGGACGAGGUGUACAAGCGUUUGUGCCACGACAACCAACACAGACUUGUACAGUUCAUGGCUGCAUCGAAUGGAGUUGGCGAUCUUGGUGUGCUUUGCGGGUAUAUCUUUGAAAGAUACGUGCAUUCGGUGUUGCCUCAUGGUGGAUCCUUUCGAAUUCGGCGCCUCAUCCAGCCCGACGGCGUGUGUCCGAGUUUGGUGGACAACGACGACCACUAUGACGAAGGCAGCGAUGACGAGGAGAAGUCUGACGAUGCGAUGGACACCGAGGGUGAAAAUGUUGUGGCAGAAGAUUUGGACCCGGGCGAGGGAAGCGCGGCUGCACCUGUGGUCUGGGACAUCGACGAAGCGCAAGGCAUCGUCAACGUCCCUCCGCACGAAACGGUCAUGUUCGACAACGACAACGAAGUGAUCACUGCUCCAAACGGUGUCUACUUGCGUCCAAAAAACCAGCAUUUCCAGUCAGUGGACGCAAUUGUCAAGCCAGACAUCUUACUCCAGGUGACUGUUGCGGCAAAACACCCGUGCAAACAAAAGGGUCUGGGAAACGCUCUAAAACUGCUUUAUCACCCCUUAGCACCAAAGCUGAUCUUCGUGGUACCACCAAGUCGAUUCGCCGAUUUCAAGUAUCAGCAGUACGUCCCAUCCCCCGGCAAGCUCGAUACAACAUGUCCAGCGGCGCAUCGGUUGCUCCACUAUCAAGUCAACAACAAGUUUAUCAAACAGCACGUCGAUUUCGCAUCGCAAUAUGUGCAGGACGAGGUGUACAAGCGUUUGUGCCACGACAACCAACACAGACUUGUACAGUUCAUGGCUGCAUCGAAUGGAGUUGGCGAUCUUGGUGUGCUUUGCGGGUAUAUCUUUGAAAGAUACGUGCAUUCGGUGUUGCCUCAUGGUGGAUCCUUUCGAAUUCGGCGCCUCAUCCAGCCCGACGGCGUGUGUCCGAGUUUGGUGGACAACGACGACCACUAUGACGAAGGCAGCGAUGACGAGGAGAAGUCUGACGAUGCGAUGGACACCGAGGGUGAAAAUGUUGUGGCAGAAGAUUUGGACCCGGGCGAGGGAAGCGCGGCUGCACCUGUGGUCUGGGACAUCGACGAAGCGCAAGGCAUCGUCAACGUCCCUCCGCACGAAACGGUCAUGUUCGACAACGACAACGAAGUGAUCACUGCUCCAAACGGUGUCUACUUGCGUCCAAAAAACCAGCAUUUCCAGUCAGUGGACGCAAUUGUCAAGCCAGACAUCUUACUCCAGGUGACUGUUGCGGCAAAACACCCGUGCAAACAAAAGGGUCUGGGAAACGCUCUAAAACUGCUUUAUCACCCCUUAGCACCAAAGCUGAUCUUCGUGGUACCACCAAGUCGAUUCGCCGAUUUCAAGUAUCAGCAGUACGUCCCAUCCCCCGGCAAGGUCACAACGAACAAGUGCGUCAUUGAGCAAUUUGCCAUGGAAGUCACGCCAAUAGUGCAAGACCCCAUGAAGCAGCCAACUAGCGAAGGCCCCAAAAAACGUGUGAAACGAUCGUGA